AUGGCAGCUAUAACAACAUCUAAGGUUGAAUACCUACCUAUCAUAAUGGCAGGUGGAAAGGGCAGUCAACUAAUUCAGAUGACGUCAGACAUCCCUAAAUCAUUGUUGCCCAUUGCUAACAAGCCUAUGAUCUAUUAUCCAAUUAAAUGGCUUGAAACCAGUGGCUUUGAAGAGGUGAAGAUAGUAACAACGAAACUGAUCCUAACUAAGCUGCAAGACGGACUGAAGGAUUAUUUCUUAGAAGGUAAAGGAAUAAAGUUAGAUUAUGUUGUCCUGCCAGAUCAUGAUGAGAGUGAAGACCUUGGGACAGUAGAUGCUAUCAAGUUCAUGCUCCAAGACAUUAAGAUGGAUGUCAUAGUUGUGUCGUGUGAUUUCAUUUGUGAUGAAAAUUUCUGUCUAAGGAGACUCGAUCAAGUCCACAAAUCAAAAAAUGCAUCAAUAUCGAUGCUACUCAGCUCUCCUCCUAACCUAACUGACGUUCCUGUCCCGGUGCCUGAAUCUAACAGGAGUGUAGAUAGAGAUUUUGUCGGUUUCGACAAAACGAACAGGAUUGUUUUCUUGUCACCAGAGUCUUACUUGGAAGAUAAAAUUGAAUUAAGAAUGACUAAACUGAGAGCGGUUCCUCAUAUAGAAUUGCGUUCGAAUCUAGUUGACUGUCACCUUUACAUUAUAUCCAGGCCCUUUCUGAAUCUCGUUGACUUUGUUAAAUCUUUCUCUCUGAGUUCAGACUUCAUACCUUGGCUGGCCGGCCAAUCAGUUGAGGCUUCAAGUUCUGUGCUCAAAUUUUUUGACCAAUCAAAAAGCCCGGAAUCUGAGUUUGAAGAGGAAAUAAAUGAUCUGGAUAGAUUGAUAGCUGAGCAAAACUAUAAAUACCUAACCAGUAACAGUAAUAAUCUCAAUAAUAAUAAUAAUAAUAACAACAACAAUAGUAAUAAUAAAUCCUCAGCUAAUAUAAACGUCUACGCCUUAAUACAUGAUUCAGGUUUCGGUAGUAAUAAUAAUAAUAAGGAAAAUAAAAAUAUAAAGGAAAAUAGUAAUGCUAAUAAGGAUGUUGUCGUCGGUGACAGUUUUUGUAUGAGGGCUAACACGUUGGCCACAUAUUGCAAGGCAAAUCAAAUUAGAGGUACAAGUUUAAUAGGCCAAGGAACUAAAGUAGGCAAUGAAACAAGACAAGGCACCGAAACGAAGCAAGGUAUUGAUUCCAAACCGGCUAACGAGACGAAACCGGGUCAGAGGUCACACGUGAGGAACUCCACGAUGAGUAACAGCUUGAUAUGCUCUGACGCCAAGAUUGCUGAUGAAGUAGUCAUGAAGAAUUCUUUCGUUGGACACAGUCAGUCCGUACCGCAAGGCACCUAUACCAGUGAAGAGAUAUGCAAAGAGGAACACGAUGAAGAAGACAUUCUCUAA